AUGGAAUGCUACGAAGAAUGGCUCGUGGAUCCGGCCCCUUUCUAAGGCUCUCAUUCUUUUUUUCUCUCCCUUUUUCCACUCUUUCACUUUCUCUGCUUUAUCUUUAUCUGUCUCUUUUGAUCCUUGAUCUUUGCAUCUGACUUUGCUGGACCGUCUGUUUGACGGUUUGUCUGCGUGGUCCAGUUGGGUUUUGAUCUAUCACCACCGACCACCGAUAUAUAUACACAUAUUGAACUCGAUGAAUUGAGAUAGAUGAGGAACUUGGAUCUUGUUGAUUGGAUUGCUUGGGGUCAUAGUUGAAGAUGGCCUUUUCCCGCGCUUCCCUCCGCCUCUACACAUCGGUGCUAGGUCUGCUUCUAUGUAGCAAGCAUGUUCUUGCAUCGGAGGCAGGCCAUCCCCACGAUCCGCACGAAGGACACGGCAAGACGAGUAUCAAGUACUUCCCGCCGCUGGACUAUGUCCCGCAUCCUGUCGGCAUCCCAUACACCGUACAAGACCACAAAAAACGCCCCUGGGAGACGAAGCCUAGCUCGCACGACUCCGAAAGCCACCGGACGUUGAUGGUCGCUGAAGGUGAGGCGCAGUGCUCCUCGAGUGGCCAGUGGUCGAACAAAUACUGGUAUGAGGAGAUCGAGCAUAACGGGGAGUCGUCGUUCUUGCAGGGACAGUUUAAGGAUCAGUACACUGUUUUCCGGAAUGUGGUCAAUGACUAUGGGGCGGAUAACACGGGGAGUGUGGACGCGAGUGCGGCGAUUCAGGCUGCUAUUGAUGAGGGCCCGAAGAACGGCCCCAGCCGCAACUCCCACUCCAUGGGUAGCACCGGUCAACCAGCCAUCAUCUACCUCCCCGGCGGAACAUAUCUCCUGGAAAAUGGUCUACAGCUCUACAUCGGCACGGUAAUCGUGGGAGAUCCCAAGAACCCACCCGUCCUCAAAGCAAAGAACAACUUCGCUACAGACCACAUCGUCUACGCCAAGGACCCGAACUUCGGUGGCACGAUUAACUUCUACAUCGGAAUUAAGAACGUGGUUAUCGACUCGACGGGUGUGGAUCCGAAUAGACGGAUGGUGCUUCUUGACUGGACGGUUAGCCAGGCGACGCAGUUGACGAAUGUGGUGUUCCGGAUGCCGCAGGGUGCUGAGGGGCAUGUUGGGAUGACGACGGAGUUUGAUUAUAAUAGUAAUAUCAUUUUGAACGAUCUCAUCUUCCAAGGAGGAAAUAUCGGUAUGAGCCUGGCUGGUCAGCAAUGGGUGUUCAAGGGUUUGCAGUUCCAAGGCACGAAGACCGGCGUUGUCACCGGAGGCACUGAUAUCGUCUUCCUGGGAUGUUCAUUCGAAAAUGGCGCGCUUGGUAUCGAUGCUAGCGGUACUUCUGGAUCUCUGACUGUCAUCGACAGCACGGCCAAUGGCCUAGAGAACUUCAUCGUCUCCGGAGACUCAGGCAACGCAGCGAACUCGAUCAUCCUGGACAACGUGCAAAACUCGGGCACGACGGUCAAAUUGGGCGACGAAGUUGUCCUCACAGGCAGCGUCUGGCAGACCUGGGUACAUGGCAACCUGUACUACCCCGGCGAUCCCACAAAAUACCACGCCAAAGGCCGCACCGGCUCGACCAUACGCACCGCUGCCCUUCUGUCAGGAUCCACCAACUACUUCACCACGAAGCCGCCGACCUACGAGAAAUACACCGCGGAGCAAGUCGUCAACAUCAAAUCUGUCGAGGGCGCACCGGUGUACGGUGACGGGUCGACCGAUGACACGGAUAACAUCAACAAGAUCCUGACCAUGCACGCGGGCUGCAAGCUCAUUUACUUCCCUGCAGGAACGUACGUCGUCACGGACACGAUUAUCAUCCCCGAUGGCACAAGAAUUAUCGGCGAUGCCUUCGGUAGUGCAAUCAGCGGCGCCGGACACAAGUUCAUGGACGAGCACUCCCCCCGAGCCAUGAUCCGCGUCGGAUACCCUGGCGACACUGGUCUCGCUCAGAUCAGCGACAUGCUGUUCACCGUCGCAGACGUCCUGCCUGGCUGCAAGAUGGUCGAAAUCAACAUGGCGGGCAAAUCCCCCGGCGACGUUGGCAUGUGGAACACGCACUUCCGCAUUGGCGGCGCUGUCGGCUCGCAAGUGCAAAAAAAAUGUACCUCCACGCCUGAUAUCUGCAAAGCGGCUUGGGGUCUCUUGCAUCUUACUAGCAGCUCCUCUGCAUACCUUGAGAACGUCUGGGGCUGGACGGCUGAUCACGACCUUGAUGGCCAGAAUCCGCAGACUAUCGCGACGGGACGUGGAUUGCUCGUUGAAGCUACCAAGGGCACUUGGCUUGUUGGAACUGGAUUUGAACACCACGCGCUAUACCAGUACAACUUCAACCGCGCAGAGAACGUCUUCUCAGCAAUGCAACAAAGCGAGUCGGCAUACUGGCAAGGUCCAGGAAACGCCCUCGCACCCCAACCAUGGCAAAACAGCCUUACAAGCCUCGACCCGCAAUUCAAGCAUUGCGCUGCUGGCGACGCACUCUGCCGAAUGGGCUUCUUCGAAAUCAUCACCAGUUCCAGAAACCUGUUCCUGUACGGUGGAUGUAACUGGGUAUUCUUCAACAACAACGGCGACUGCGACGGCAAGUGUCAGCAGAAUGCGAUCCAGGUCACCGAUUCGAAGCAGGUGUAUCUGUAUGGGACGAAUACGAAGAGUACAGAGAAUAUCGUUCUUGAGGAGGGGAGGGUUAUUGCGAAGGAAGAUACUAAUGCUGGUGGAUGGGGAGGUGUUAUUGCUGCUUAUCUGUAUAAUGUGUAGCCGGUCAUGGUGUGAGUAUAGGUUAUAGGGUAUGGGAG